ACGGCAGCGGCAGCACCAGGCAGCAUCGACACGAGCUACGCCUUUGGCGCCUGCGCACGCGCCCUCCUCUUCCAUCAGAAAGCAGCCAUGCCGGCACUCCAGGCCAGGCAGGCACUCACGGGCGUCACGAAUGGCAUCGAGGCGGGCGUGGGCGGCGCAACUUCCGCCGCCUCAGCGCAUCUCAACGGUCUGUCCGCUCCUCAGAUUCUCGCCGUCGCAGUGGGCUCCGUUGCCUUCAUCGCGCUCGCCAUUCUCGCCCUCUGGUGUCUCUGUCGUCGACGAGCGCGGACGCGCGAGCUUCGCAAGACGCACGAGAGAGAGAUGGAUGCGCGUGCGCUCCUCGCUCGCAAUGCAGGCGGCGCAAGGAGUGAGGUGGAGCUGAAGCAGCCGCACAAGCAGGCGCAGCAGGCGCAAGGCAUGAAACCGAGCCAGUCUCAACAGAGCUGGAAGAGCUUCGAGGCGGGCCAACUGUCGCCGCCGAGAGCGAAUCGCGGCGAUGCGUAUGCGCAACAGCAGUAUGCUCAACAAGCUAUGCCGAUGCCAGCGUAUGGAGCGCCGCAGCAACAGUCUCAGCCGCAGCAGAGCUACGCUCACCAACAGCAACAGCGAUGGAGCGGCGGUGCAGGCUAUGCGCUUUGAUCGCGCUUCUUCUCUCUCGCCGCACGUGGCUCGCAACCCACCUUCGUCGUCCGCCUUUCCUCUCUCUAAGCUCUGCGCUUGGCCUCCUCGCUGCCUCGGCUUGGGCGCUCGUCGCCACA